GAAACUUGGUGUGUGUUUACCACGGGUUCUGCCAACCAUCUCAAGAGGGGGCUCACCUGUUCUUUCCUUAGUCGAGCAAAACAUUAUCUGGAAAUAAUUAUUCCUCUCCACAUGGCCUUCCUCCUGGUGUCAGCUUACCUUCUGCUGACUCAUGCUCGGGGUGCUCCUGCUGACAAUGGGGCCCUGCUGGAAACACUGAAGUCACAAGUGGGAUUAUUCAGCAAUAAAAGCGAACACUAUUCAGCACAGGUGAGACCUCCUGGCACRAGCCGACAAAUACCUCAGACAAUCAUCAUAGGAGUUCGCAAAGGAGGGACCAGGGCUUUGCUGGAAAUGUUGGAUAUCCAUCCUAACAUUGURGUAGCAGCUACAGAAGUCCACUUCUUUGACUGGGAUGAAAAUUACGUGAAAGGAAUAGASUGGUAUAGAAAUCUGAUGCCAUUUUCUUACGGAAAUCAAAUUACAAUUGAGAAAACACCAGGCUAUUUUACAUCACCACAGGCUCCAGGAAGAAUUCAUGACAUGAAUAGCUCCAUUAAACUGCUGCUCAUUCUAAGAGAUCCCACUGAGAGAGUUAUAUCUGACUAUACCCAAGUAUAUUACAACAGAGUAGAAAGCCACAAGCCUGUUCAGCUUUUUGAAGAUAUUGUUAUUAAGAAUGGAGUGCUUAAUACCAAAUACAAAGCUAUUCAGAGAAGUCUAUAUGAUGUCCAUAUGGAAAAGUGGCUUAAGCAUUUCAGCUUGGAUCAGAUUCACAUAGUGGAUGGCAAUACUUUAAUCAAGGACCCUCUUCCUGAAUUACAAAAAGUUGAAAGAUUUCUAAAUCUUCCUUCCCGAAUUGUGUCUUCUAAUUUUUAUUUUAACCAAACCAAGGGGUUCUACUGCAUUAGAAGUGACGGGAGGGAGAGAUGUUUACAUGAAUCCAAAGGGCGGCCCCAUCCUCUUGUUAACAGCACUGUUUUAGAGCAACUGUAUUCUUACUUCAGAGAGCACAAUGCAAAAUUUUACAGGAUGGUUAAUCAUUCCUUUGACUGGCAUUAACGCAUUUGGGAUCAAUGUUUCUUAAAAAGGGGCUGAGAUAAACUUUCAGGCAUAUCUUUCUGAACUGUAAAGACUCGUAUUAUGAGAAUUUACAUACUGGUUAUACAUUUCAUUGGAAUAAGACAUCUGUUGACUCAUUGAAAUKGUACUCUUUAUGUUGGAAAAAAUAAGUUUUAUGUAUCUGUAUGACUACUGGGAGUCAUAUUCUGGUCUUUCAUCAUGCAAAUACAUCAACUUCAGCAGACUUAGCAAAGAUGUUUCUCUACAAGAUUUCUGCUGUUUUGGAAAAAUGCAUCUAACUGUAAAAAAUGUAAAUAUUGGAAAUGUUAUUCUGACUGUUCUGUAUUUUUUUGUCGUUAGUAUUUUUUAUAUCCCACAUGAUAGUGGUAUUGAUUUCUAGAAUUUUUCAUGAAAUAAGUUUAAACUGUAUGUUAAAACAGGGGCAUAUAUAGUAGCUCCAAUAAAUAAUUCAUCCUCUUUAAUAUGCUGAAGUAUUUAAUCAAUUAAUAAUAGAAGGAAUCUAUUUCACCUGUAAUUUUGAAUAGGUGAACUAGAAGCUACCUGUCUGUAUAUAAUUAGUAUUAAACCACACUCUCACUCUUUUUGGUUUGCAAAAAUUAUCUCCAAAGUAAGAACAUGAACUGUUUGAAGAAGAUUAAAGUGAGAGUUCUGAAUGUAAAGAAAUUAAAAUAUCCCAGGAACACCGAUACUCUAUAUUUAAA